GCUGCUUAUAUAAUCCCAUCGUUUUUAUUCCUCGUACAGUGACCAUGAGUCGAGGAGCAAGAGGUUUUAGCAGAGGGGGAGGACGCGGUGGGGGACGUGGAGGAUUCCAGCAACGUGAUUUUGGUCCUCCGGCUACAGUCGUAGAAAUGGGGACAUUCAUGCAUGCCGUAGAGGAUGAAAUGUUGUGCUCCUCUCUCAUAUCAGACAGGGUUCCCUACUUCAACGCCCCCAUUUACCUCCAAAACAAAUCUGUGAUCGGCAAGGUUGACGAGAUCCUGGGCCCUAUCAAUGAAGUUUAUUUCUCAGUCAAAAUGGGAGAAGGUAUGGUUGCGAACAGCUUCAAGCAAGGAGAUAAAGUAUAUAUCGGAGGUGAUAAAUUGCUACCCAUUGAGCGAUUCCUCCCCAAACCAAAAGUUGCAGGUGUAACAAAACGUGGGCGCGGUACCGCAAGGGGCACUGGGCCACGGGGACGGGGUGCUCCUGGGGGACGAGGACGGGGAGGACGAGGGGCUAGCAGGGGUGGGGUAAGAGGUGGCUUUGGUGGCGACCGGGGCGGUUUCAGGGGAGGCUUCAGAGGAGGAAGUGGUCGUGGUAGCAGUGGAGGUUUUGCACCUCGAGGUGGAAGAGGUGGAUUCAGGGGAUCAUGAUGAUAGUGCUCGUAUUAUGUUAGCGUCGCGUGUGUGUAGGUAUCAAGGUUUCAGUGCCUUGACCUCGGUCGAAACAGCAAAAAAUCUAUUUGCCCGCUCACACUGCAUAGAAAUAGACUGCAGAGACUAUCAAUACAGUGAAUUGGGCAUUGAAAGAACUUUACCUGAGAAAGCUGAGCCGACAUAG